CUGACAUCAGAAGCGUCGGAUCGACGAGGUGUGACUGAGGUCGGCCCCUCAAUACCACAGAAAUCCUCCUGCGGUUGGAAGGAAACCCUCCAAACCGGUUUGUGCAGGUACGAGGACGCUGAGAUUUCAAUUUUGACUCCAGCAGAGCGAGUGAGGUGUGAUGUUUCCUAUUGCUAAUGUGACUGUCAGUGAUGUGUUUCAGUGAGCUGUGUGCUGCUCAUGACUGCAUCGAGUGAACACCUGGGGGAUUCAGGAGUGAAACACACUCACACCAGAACUGAAGAUGCAUCAGGGACGCCUGCGCUUACGGCCGUGGCUGGAGGAACAGAUCGAUUCGGGCAGAUACCCUGGAGUCGUGUGGCUGGACGAGUCGGCCAGAAUUUUCCAGAUUCCCUGGAAACAUGCGGCCCGGCACGGCUGGAACAUCGAGAAGGACGCGACUCUGUUCCGAAACUGGGCGAUGCACACAGGGAGAUACAAACCUGGCAUAGACAAACCCGAUCCCAAGACAUGGAAAGCAAACUUCCGAUGCGCACUCAAUUCCCUGACGGACGUCAAAGAGCUUCAAGACAAGAGCAUCAAGAAAGGCCACAAUGCGUUCAGAGUUUAUAUUCUCCUUCCACACAGCAAAACAAUAAAGAGACGCAAAGCAUUACGGUGUUUGGAAACCGAUAGUAAAGCAGCGUCGCCUCCACCACCGACACAAAGGAACUUACCGCUGGAGAGAUUUACAGAGGCCUUCUGGAAGCUCUCAGACGACCGAGGCGGUUUCCCCGCAGAAGCGCUGAGGAAAGAGGAUCUCCCCAAGCGUGAGGAGGAGGAGAGGCCGGCCAUCUACUGCACACAGGGACUGCAGAUGAACAGAACAGAGGAGCACGAGCAGACAGAGGCAGUGAUGAAGAUCGUGGAUCACCUGAAGACCCUGGACCACUGGAGUCCGCCGUACGAGAGCGACCGAGGCUGGAGACCCAACUCCAUGUGGAUGGGAUGCCUGUGCGAGACGAUGGAGUUUUCCGGCUACUCCUUCCAGACAGACUGUCACAUUCACAACAGCUCCGGCCAAUACGACUGAUCGCCACACC